AUGUGGAUCCGCACAUUUUUAACAGCAUCUACCCGACGAGGCUAUUGGGGAGUUACUCGUGGAGGGUCCAAUUCUCCUGGAUCGCUAUAUUGGUGGGGGCCCGGAUGUAGCAACUUUUGUGACUCCCACGUGGCUGCUCAAGGGCUGUGGCGAUUUCCAGGACGCCAAGGACGAUUCUUCAAGACAGGCGACCUGGUCCAGUGUAAGCCGGAUGGCGGCCUGGUCAUCCUAGGCCGCAAGGAUACGCAGGUCCAGAUCGGUGGUGAACGAGUAGAAUUGGCCGAGGUCGAAUAUCAUGUGCGCAGAUUCCUGCCAGGCAGGGCUGGCGUUGCAGCCGAGAUGAUCACUUCAAUUGCCAGAGUGAAACCAAUACUGGUGGCGUUCAUUGCCAUCGGUGACGAGGUCAACCUCCCUUUAGGCGCCAGCCUUCAACCUCUCACUGUCGGCGUAAAUGAGAAACUGGCGCAAUAUGUCCCGCGUACAUUCAUCCCUGAGGUGUAUAUACCAGUGGAAACAAUUCCAUUGACAGCAGCAGGCAAGACAGAUAGAAAAGCAUUGCGCAAAAUGGGCGGUCCAACGACUUUGGAUGAGAUAUCCCGGUUGCAGGAAUCCAGAUUAAAGAAUUAG